AUGAGUGGUACACCGGGUCUUGGUGCUUUUAAUAAAGAUAAGGUAGCCAAUAAAUUUGGUAUUCAAUUAAAAGCUAAAGAUACAAAUAAACAAUCUCAACGACCAUUUAAUCCAUCAACUGAGAAAAAAUCGAUUAAUACAGAAACAUCUACUUUAACAGAAAACAAAACAGUGAGUGAUUUUCGUCUACAAAAUGAAACAAAUGGAUUGAAAACAAAAAAAAAUACUCUUAAUCAAACUUCUUUAUCAAAAACACCAGAACCAAUAAAAAAAUCUCUUGAAAAUUCGAAAAAAAGUAAGUCUACUAUUGGACUUGUGUCUACCUCAACGCAUAAUGAAGAAAGUGGUUUUCUUAAAUCGAACAUCAAUCAUUCCAAAUCUUUAAACUUUGUGAAAUCAAAUGAAUCGAUUAAUGCUGUUUCUUCAUCUUCAGCAUUAAAUAUUUUAUUAUCAUCAAAAUCAUCUAAUCAAGUAAAUAAAUCGAGUUUAGCUCCUGUUUCUACUGAUCGACGAGCAAGUUUAACAUUACCAAAUCAAAACAAAUUAUCAGAACCAUCUACAAUUAAACGAACAAGUAUAGGAAAAAUACCGGAACAAACUAUUUCAUCAGGAUAUUCUAUUGAUUAUCAAUCAAAUAUUCCAACAACUAUGACUAAAACUACAGCUGACAUCGAACAUCAAAAAGAUCAACCAUUAUAUAAAAGACAGUUAUCAAAAACAUUAGAUAAUAUUACAUCAAUAGCAAAUAAAAAUAAACAUCAACAUGAACAAGUAAUAUCAUCGUCUACAAUAUCAAAACGGUAA